UCACUGUUUUUUUUUAUUGGGCAGCACUGGAAGUGUUCCAAAGCCAACCCAAAAAAGGAUCAACAACAACAUUAGGAGGUGGGCCAGACCAGAGACCAUAAGAGUGAUGAGACGGGGUUGGGACUGCUUGGUCACUAGUACAGGAAGAACUGACACAGAACAAACCCAUCAGGUGGUCAGUCUUAAACAAGAGGCUUCCAUAUGGGUCUGGAGAUCUUGUCCUCACUGCUGGGUACAGAAGGAUACCUUUGGUUAGGCCACCCUAUGUGCAGACAAUGUGAGACCAGAUCUACAUCCAGUGCCAAAAGAUGGGGCAAAAUACUGGGUAUAAUGGCUCAUACCCAAUAUUUUAAUCCUGACACUGGGAGGCAGAGACAGGCAGAUCUCUGAGUUUGAGACUAGCCUGGUCUACAGAGUGAGUUCCAGGACAGCCAGAGCUGUUACAUGGAAAAACUGUCUCAAAGGGGGGUUGGACAGCAAAAUACCAAACCCAGGGGCACCUCCUACCCUGAAGUCUAACUGUUCCAUCCCAGCACUCAUUGUAGUUUCUAUUCAGUUAGCAGCUGAUGCCUUAGAAAUUCUGGCCUUAGGGCAGCCAGUACCAAAUAAGAAUGUACAUUCAACCUUUCAUGUCCGUUGUUUGGAGGAUAGCAGAAUGGUCAGAGAUGACCAGCACCAGGUAGGUAGAGAUAGAUGAGUGGUGAGUCUUAGCCUGAAACCUAAGAAAAGUCCUAGUCCUAAAUGACCUCAUGCACUUGCCUCCUAACAAUGCACCAUCACGGACUUGUAGCCAGGUCCAUAGCCUUGGUAAUGAGAACUAUAGUCAGGUAAGUGUGGGGUUAUUACUGAGAGGGUAUAACCACUUUGAUACAAAGAUGGAGGCUCACAGAGCUCCUAGGGCUCCAGGGCCCAUAAUGAGGCAAUAAGAAAUAAGAUUGGCCUAUGGGAAGCUGGGCAUGGUGGCUCACACCUGUAAUCCCAGCACUUGGGAGGCAGAGGCAGGCAGAUUUCUGAGUUUGAGGCCAGUCUGGUCUACAGAGUGAAUUCCAGGACUACACAGAGAAACCCUUUCUCAAAAAACCAAAAAAAAAAAAAAAAAAAAAAAAAGAUUGGCCUGUGGCCACCUACUAACACAAAUGAAUACAUGUGCUCAGAGGUAGUGCUAUGUUGAUAUGCACAUCCACACAUUCACUUGCUUGACAAUUUUACUUUCCUGCUGCUUAGGAUAGGGUCAAGAUGGACACCACUUACUACCCUAGACAAUGUUGUCUGUGCUCCUCUAAUUCCUAAUGCCUCUGCCAGCUGGGAGUUGACUCCCCUUGAGGUCAGGCCUGGAAGAAAGCCAGGGCUGUGAGAUGUCUGAUUGAUUCCUAAGGCCUCACAGCACAUUUGCCUCAGGAUAUUGACUGUUCACUGGGUAGCCUUGGUGAUCUCAGAGCUUGGAUAUUCCCAGGAGCCCUGCUAAGACUGUUCCUAGAACAUCUGGGACUCCAGCUUCCUAGAGGCAGCAUGUGACACAGAGUCAUACUCUACACAGAUCACUUGGGCUGGGCCUUCAGCAGCAUUCUCUCCUCAGCGCCCUCAUGCCCUCUACAAUCCUAGACGCUCCCCCCCCCACACACCCCCAAAAGACUCUUAUCUCCCUCUUUAGAUCUUUAGAUACCUACCCAUCUUCCCUCUGGGCCUCCAUUCUCUCUCAAUCAAUCCUUUACUUCCCUGGGCCCCAUUUUUGGUUCUGAAUAUUCAUGGAAUUAGUUCCUCAUACUUAUGGAAUUAGGCAGGGGACCCUCUAUCCUUUCAGAGCUCAGGUCUCUUCUGAUAGGACAUUGUCCACAGGUUCCCACAAUCACCCAUAUCUUAGCUCCCUUAAAAGUUGGCCUUGAGGAUAAGGAUAUCUAGGAGCAAAAUUGUGGCAGUUUCCAGAGAUCUGGACCAUUGGGUGGUCAGGUACCUGUAGGUAGUUGAAAAAAAAAUUUGGGGGGGGGGGGAGGACAGGGUUUCUCUGUGUAGCUCUGGCUAUCCUGGAACUCACUCUGUAGACCAGGCUGGCCUCAAACUCAGAAAUCCAUCUGCCUCUGCCUCCUGAGUGCUGGGAUUAAAGGCAUGUGCCACCACCGCCCAGCUGGUAGUUGAAUUCUUAAGGCCAUCCUCCCACCAAGAUAUGGUCCUCCUAGCAACAUACCCUCCCCACAGGCCUAUGUGUGAGCUCCCAUCUCAGGGCCCUACAGUUCACUGUGCCAGAAAACAACUAAACCUCAGAGGUAGGGAAGAACCUGGACUGACCAAAGUGGGUGAGAAAAAGUCCACUGGGGUUAUUGAGUCUGGUCAACAAAGAUAUCUCAGCCCAAUGGGCCUGGAGUAGAUCAGGUUCUGCCUGUGCUACUGCCCACACUCCCCAGUCUAUCCCAUUCCAGUGUGACACUCCCUGCCCCAACCUUAGAUGCUACCAGCCCUUUAGACUUAACAUUUUCUUCUGUGUUACCUGGUUAAAGCUUCUUGAGAUUACAUCUUUUCAAGCACAGCUGAAGACUAGGGUCUUCCUUCCUGAGGUAUAGUACAGAUGGUACCCAAGCAGGUACCCACAAUCUAUUGUGGCUAGCCAGGGCCCCAAAUAUUCUUAACUGAUCCCAAUGUCUAGGCUGUUGCUCAGGCCUGCCUAGCCCUGAUCUUGCACCCCUACUUCCUGAACUUCAGAACAAGGAGUUCCCCCAAAGGCAGGAGGGUACUGAAGCAGCAGCGGAUGGCGGCCUUGCAUGAAGCAAUUGUGAGAAUAUGGGUGAGAUGGAAGAAGAAAGAACAGGACAUUUUUGGGCAUAGAGAUGGGGAAAAAGGGGGCAAACUGAGCUAUAUCUGAAAGUGUGCUAGGCUCAGUGAAAGGUCCCUGCUGAGCACACUUUGGGAUCACUUGGCACACUUGCUUUCCAGAGGAGAGAGGUUUGAGUACCUGAGCAACUACUCUUAAUCUGAAAUCCUGAGACAAGAGGUCUGUGCUGAUGCUAGACCUAGCCUCACUCUAACCCUUCCUCUGGCUCCCCACCCAUUCUGAGUCUGCCAGGGAAGAGAACAGCCAAUCGAUGAUGUUCAGGGCCACACCCCCAGGCACCGUGUCUUGGAGGGUAUAAAUAAACCUUCAAAACUCAUGGCCUAAGAAUUCACACCUGUCUCAGCCACCUCCUGGAUGAACACGGGCAUCAUACCUCAACUUCCACGUACACACAGAAGAGGUGUGCCGGCCAGACCGGUGCCACCGGAAGGCUGUUGGCUGCUAGCCUGUGGAGGAACACUUGCCAGGUGAAGCAGAGGCUGAGUCGGACCUGAAGGAUGGGAAACAAACUUUACUAGAGCUGGUCAGCCUAGAGACAAAGAGUUUUACUGUGACCAGUGGAGAGGACCAUGCCCAGGAACUGCUGACCACAAACUACCAGUUCAGAAUCAUGUCAUCAGCCCAACGGGUGUGGCAUGCAGCUAUGCCACCCUACCGCCAGAAUAGCUCCACAGCCUCAAUGCCCAGGUCCCCUGGCUCAGGUGGCAGCCCCAAGUCCCCCAGUACUCCUGGCUCAGUGAAGGUAGCCUCCCCAUUGGAGUGUUCCAUCUGCUUCUCAGGCUAUGACAACAUUUUCAAGACACCCAAAGAGCUUUCAUGUGCUCAUGUCUUCUGUCUUGAGUGCUUGGCUAGGCUGGCAGCUGCCCAGCCUGCAGGCCAUCCUGGCAGAGAAGCUAUGCCCUGCCCAUUCUGCCGACAGCCCACAACUGUGCCUGCCGCUGGGGCUCCUGCACUGCGCACCAGUCGUCAGCUACAGGCUAAGAUGCCAGCACACCUACAGAGAGAGGAGCCAGUGUGGCUUGAGGGCACCAAACUGUGUUGCCGUCCCUUGCCCACCACUUCUGGCCAAGAGGACAGUGGCUUUGUGUGCGUGGACAUAGGACUGAGAAAACCAGCUGAGCCCACCCUACCUGCACCUGUCCAAGACCCUGCACCCAACCCUGGCUGGCUGGCCCGCUGUUGGGCACGCUUUGGGGACUGGCGUCGUGUAGCACUGGUUUCUGUGCUGUUGCUGGUACUAUUUUGUGUGAUACUCUGGCCUGUACAGUGUGCACUCAAAACUGGAAAUCUGCGUUGCAUUAACCGGCCACCUGCAGCCACUGCCACCGCCACUGCCACCACCGAUGCCCUCUCCUUGGGCUCUUAGCCAACAACUAGGGUCACCACUUGGGCCAGGCCAGCUACUCAAACAGUUCCAUGGAUGGAUCUCUGACCCACUGAGGUCAAGAAGACAGUUGGUUCCCCAGAACUCCAUAUAGGAUAUGUAUGUGUUCCUUGCUCUCCAGGACUAGGUGCCAAUGAGAACAAAAGAGUCCUCAAAGCCUCUAAGAACUACAGGCUUCUAAAGGCUCCAGAAACUGCCCUGGAACCCUAUCAUACAGAUGGGGAAAGGAACCCAGAGAUGUCUGGUCAGAUGCCUGGCCUCCACACUGAAUUGCCAAAACAGCAGGAGUUUGCCAUCCUUCCUUUCUUAAGACAUUGCUGGGGAUGCUGAGCAGCUGGUUUCCUAAGAGUGAAAAUGAAAAAAAGCUCAUGCCACAGCGCUACAGUGGGAACUUGCCAGCUGUCCCAGGCCAUUAGGAAUGGUACAUUUUAAAAUAAAUUAUUUUGUAUAAA